CCCAGCCCAGCUGAGGCAGAGUUUUAGGGGAAGUCAGUUACACACUCUGCUAGGAACCUCCUGCCUCUUACACAGACACCGCUUGCAGGACAGGACACACUCCGGAUCACCUAAUCACCUGCCCUAAAAAAGGAUUUUGUUCUUCUUUUUUAUUUUACCAUCACCACCGCCACCUUUGUGUCUACCAUGACCAGGCCCAAGUCGUCCAAAAUCAUCUGCAAUAUUAUGAUUGCCUGCCUGUUCCUGUGGUUGGUCAGCUCCCUCAUCAUCAUCGUGGUGUGGGCCACCUCUCCGGACAUGGAGGGCGCCAGCCAGUGCAGGGCUGAUCUGCAGAACCUGACAGAGAAGCACGAGGAAGCCAGGGUGCUGUACGCCAAGAACAAGCAGGCCCUGGAGGAGAUGGUGGAGGAGGGCCGCACCAACCAGACCUGGCAGGUCAUGAAGAUGGAGCGGUUCCUGAAGCGUCUGGGCAAGACCAACGUGUCCCUGGCUGACUGUCAUCAGGAAAGCGUUAUUUUGGGUGUAAACAUUACUGUCCUGGAAAAAGAGAUUGAGAUGCUUAAAGAAAUCGAGGAAAAUCUCACUUCAGAAAUCACGCUACGCCAAGAGCACAUCAAAUUCCUUCAGGAUAACUUGACACAGGCAUCUCAUAAGUGGGAGUCCUGCGAGGCUUUGCACUCAGCUGCUGAGAGUCAGCGGAUAGCAGACCAAGAGAGCCAGACCAAGGACUGCGAGUCCAGCAAGCAGUAUUUACAGAAGCAGCUGCAGAUGUGCAAAGUGAACCAUCACGACGAGCCUGUGAAUGGCGGAGUUGCCGCACCCCUCAGUAGCAUUCUUGCCCUGUCCGUUGUCCUCUUCGUCAGUCUGCAUUUGAUAACAUGUGAGUGUAAUAGCACAAGGCGCUAACUAAGCAUCAUUAUUCAAUGCCAUGGACGCUUACUGUAUAUAAGCAGUGGCUGUGAAAGCAGUGUGGAAAAUAAACCAAAGAUCAUAACAACAAACAUAUCAUAAAUCUUAGUUUGUUUGAUUUGAUAUUCAUAGACACUGUCUGUAACUGUCUAUAAUCUAUAUAUCAAUGUGAUUAAAUAUUUGCCUUCCA